UGUGAAAAACAACAAACAAGAAGAAAUGAGUAUGAGAAUUGAAUAUCAAGAGGAGGAUAUAAAGAACUCAAGAGGAGUUUUUCUGUUUACUUGCAGAUGGUUGCCUUUCUCUUCUCCUACAGCUCUUGUUUUCCUUUGCCAUGGUUAUGGCAUGGAAUGCAGUGGAUUCAUGAAAGAAUGUGGAACCAGGCUAGCCAAAGCAGGAUACGCCGUGUUUGGGAUUGAUUAUGAAGGACAUGGAAAAUCCGAGGGUGCUCGGUGUUUCAUUAAGAAUUUUGAAAACAUCGUUAACGACUGCGAUGAAUACUUCAAAUCUGUCUGCGCUGAGGAAAAAUACAGGGAAAAGAGCAGAUUUUUAUACGGAGAGUCGAUGGGAGGUGCAGUGGCCUUACUGCUCCAUAAAAAAGACUCUUCCUUUUGGAAUGGUGCUGUUCUUGUAGCACCCAUGUGUAAGAUAUCAGAAAAUGUGAAGCCGCAUCCAGUGGUCGUAAAUAUAUUGACUAAAAUGGAACUAUUUAUACCUAAAUGGAAGAUUGUACCCACAAGAGAUGUAAUUGACUCAGCUUUCAAAGACCCUGUUAAACGAAAAGAGAUAAGGAACAAUAAGCUGAUAUACCAUGGGAAACCCAGACUAAAAACAGCGUUGGAAAUGCUUAGAACCAGCAUGAGCAUUGAAAAUAGUUUAAAUGAGAUGACGCUCCCCUUCUUCGUUUUGCACGGCGAAGCAGAUACGGUGACGGACCCCGAAGUAAGCAAGGCGUUGUACGAGAAAGCAAGAAGCAAUGACAAGACCAUAAGAUUGUAUCCAGGGAUGUGGCACGGGUUGACGGCGGGAGAGUCCGAUGAAAACGUCGAAAUUGUCUUUGCGGAUAUCAGAGCUUGGAUCGACAGGCUAUGCACUACGUUAGAGCAAUUUCUUCAACCAUUCGACGAAGGUGCGACGGCCAUUGGCGGAACACAAUCAAACGGGGGGCAUCUGGGCACAGAUUGAAGGGACCUCACGCGCGACCUCACUCGGCAAUGUAGCCUCAUUGUGUGAAGUUAUAUUUAAUUAUAAAUAUUUA